CUGCAGCAGCUGUGCAGUGAGUUUGUCUUAAGUUUAUUAAUUUUCUUAACAAGUUUUUCAUAGUUUAAAUUUAGAAUUCCAUUUUUUAGAGUAUUACUGCAUAUUUAGUGAAAGAGCCUACAGUUAAUGUUCACCUUAUAAUAGUGAAAGAGCCCACUUAUGUGUUACAUUAGUAACCUCCUUCCCACCACCAGAGUGACCUUGUGCACUUCCCAUGUGCAUACAGAGACCUUGUGUGGGUACAAGUACCACAUAAUCUUGCCACAUAAACAAUGGGCAGCCAUAUUUACUGACCAUGUGAUUUCAGAGACAAGUGUUUUCAUACUCAUUGCGAUUUAGUUCUUCAAGUUUCAUCACUUUAUUCACUCUUUGUGGACCUUGAAAGACCCCAUUUUGAUUGUUAUCUCAAUCUCAAUCUACUAUCAGCAAUCACCACCAUGUUGUCAAGUGGCUUCAUUGUGUUUUGUGUGUGGUUCCUGGAUUGAUUGCGAAUACCAGUCACUUGGGAGUCCUUUUCUCAUAAGUUUGAGAACUAUAGUCCGAAACUCCUCUGGGCACAAGUGAGCCCCGAGGCAGCCACAAUAACAAUCAAAGUCACAACCAAAGUCCAGUCGUUCCAGAGCAUGCAGAGUGAAUAAACCCACGUCAUGUCGUUACCAAUCCAGUCGUCUUCUAGUCAUAAGUUUGACGAGUCAAAGAAGAGUAACGCCGGUCGAGCAGCAAGUCACGCUGGUCAUGUGUCGUCUUACAAGUCAAGUAAGAGUUCCAGUCGAGCCAGUCAUGCCGUGUCCGUUACAUCAUCAUAUGCACGGCAUCAGGAAGAAAAGCUGGAACUAGCGAAAACAGCGGCUGCUCUGCAGGUCCAGCUAGACUUUGCAGAGAAAGAAAAACAGCUGAAACUCCUGGAGUUGGAGGCGGCAAAGAAAGUGGAGGAAAUGAAGAUCGAGAGAGAUAAAAAGUUAGAACAACUUGAGAUAGAGAGGAAAUUGGCCGAAACCCGAGCUGUGAUGGAGGUGUACUCAUCGCUGGAGCGGGAUGACAACAGUUCAAUAUCAUCAGAACUGUCCGGCAUCCCCGCCGACAAACAUGAACAUAUGCAGAGAUUCCUCAACUCGCAUCAAAGUGAUCACCCCCCUCCACUGUGUCCAUCUGUGCCCCAAAGUGAAAGCGCAUAUGUGGACAAUGCGUCACUCCAACCAGUUGCCAUGGUUACAUCAGCCAAUCAGAACAGAUCUGAUGAACAGUCCAGUGCACAUCAGUCUCAUCACCAAAGUGAAGGAGGACGGAUGACGAUGUCGUCGGCACUUGAGAAGUGCAUUACACAGUUGGCCGAGUCCAGUAGACAACAGCGUGAUGUAAACAAACGCCUUGUUGCAUCUAGCCAGCUACCAAAGAUAGCCAUCCCCCAAUUCAACGGUGAUCCACUACAGUACCCCCUGUGGCGGAACUCCUUCAAUUCCCUUAUCGACAGCCAACCCCUUGACGCCGACACCAAGCUUAACUACCUCAAUCAAUAUGUGACGGGGAAACCAAAGCACCUAGUGGAGCACUACAUGCUCAUCGGCACUGAAGAGGCCUACACGCAGGCAAGAAAAGUAUUGAACGAGAGGUACGGAAACAGUAGUGUAGUGAGCACUGCUUUCAUAAGCAAACUCCGUCAGUGGACGAGGUUAACGCCGAGGGAUGCAGCAGGCUUGAGAGAUUUCUCUGAUUUUCUGGGGAAAGUAGAGGCAGCACGAGCAACCACAGCAAGCCUUGGAGUGCUGGACUACGCCAGUGAGAAUGCUCGUCUAGUCGAGAAACUGCCAUUCAACCUCGAGACAAAGUGGCGGGACAAGAUUGACUAUUGGAGACAGAUCCGUGGUCAGGAUUCCUUCCCCCCAUUCAGCGAGUUUGUCAAACUCGUGAAGAUUGCAGCAGACAGGGCAAACAUUCCGGAGUUGCAGAGCGUGGUUCGAAGUCAGGACAAACAACGUUCAAAUGCAGGAAGUGCUCCGAAAAAGAACACCAGUGUUUUUGCGACUAGUACCAGUCGAGGUGAACCAACAAGCAGAGUGCAGUUGUCCAGUGACAAGAGCUGUCUCUUCUGCAAUAAGCGUCACCUCCUGGAUGACUGUGAGCGCUUUCUGCGCAAGCCUUUCGCUGAGCGAAAGGAUUUCUUCUUCAAGAAGAGACUGUGCAUGGGCUGUGCACGUUCCAGUGAUCAUCAAGUGAGAGAGUGUAACGACAAAAAAGUUUGUCGGAUCUGCGCUGGUGCCCAUUUGACCUGUCUCCAUCGCAACUUCCAACAGAGACGGCCAUAAGAAACUG